GGGUUCAGCUCUUCAGUGAUGUUGGCUCAGCUGCGAAACCUUUCUCACCGGUCUCUGCGACCAUGGUCCGUAGCGUCCAGCUCGCGACAAUUCACUACUUCCUUCGUCGUACGAGCUCAGAAUGAGGAUGAAGAACAAGAGUUCUCUGAUCCCGAGAUGCUCUCGGGUGCUGACGAGGAAGUCAACACGACCCAGAAUCCGUUCCCGGACGACGACAAGGGUUACUCUGCGUGGAUAAACGGCGAGGGAAGACAGUUUAGAGAACCUCACAGAUCGCGUAACUGGCUUGGAGGGAACGUUACACCCUUCCCUUUAAAUUCUACCUUCAAGCCUCCUAUACCUGUAUCGGAUGAAACGCGCACACUGAUAUACGAACAGUUCAUGUCCGACCCGACGAAGAAUAAUGUGCGCGAACUGGCUGCGCUUCACGGCCUCAGCAUCGCUCGUGUCGACGCCGUUCUGAGGUUGAAGGGUCUCGAAGAACACUGGAAGAAGGGUAAACGGCUUCAGACUGGCUUCCAGGUCGGUAUGGAGUACAUUCUGGGUGUCUCAGAACGCAGGAGGACUGUCUCUGGCACUGAAGUGACAGCCUUGAGCGAAGAAACUAUCAAGGCUGAUAUUCAGUACGACGAGGAGGGCUACGACACAAAGGCCCGUGAGCGCUACCAGCGGCUGUUCUGGGAGCCUACGGUCGAGGGCCAGGAACCCAUUAUCCCGGGCAUACUUGAGAAGACUCGUGCUUCCAAGGCGAAGAAAGAGUCCGAUGGUGUCACUAAUAUUGUCCAGCGGCCAGGUCGGCCGGAGAUGCGCUUCGUUGAGGUUGGCGACAAUUGCCGUUCCGCUUAG